AUCAAUCCACGAGUCAUUGUAGCAUUUUCUUCUAUACGUUUCAUCUUGCAACACUUUACUAAUAAGUCCUGUGAAGCUGCAUUAUCGUCUACCUUGCAUUGCAUAUUCUCUAACUAUUCUUACACUGUUGAACUAAGUUAUGGCGUCUAUUCUUGGAGGAGCACUUCUUUCAGCUUCCAUGGAGAUGCUGGUGGGAAAGAUUGUUUCUGGUGAGAUUGUUGAUUUCUUUAGGAGGACUAAGCUUGACAGUGUGCUAUUGGAAAAGAUGAAGAUAACACUGCUGAGUCUUCAAUCUGUACUUUAUGAUGCUGAGGACAAACAGAUUGACAAUCCUGCGGUCAAGGAGUGGCUGAUUAUGCUGCAAGAUGCUGUGUUUCAAGUUGAUGAUUUGUUUGACGAAAUCAACACCGAGGCUUUAAGGCGCAAAGUGGAAGCUGACCAGGUUCUUAUAAAACUUUCUUCUCCUUUUAAAAGGUUUAAUAAAAACAUCAAUUCUAAACUCUCAAAGUUAUUUGAAACACUGGAACAUUUGAGAAAGCAAAACCUUGGCUUAAAAGAAGGUGAUUGCAGUCGUGUUUGGAACAUAACUCCUACAACUUCUGUUGUGGGAGAUGAAUCUGCUUUUUAUGGAAGAGACGAUGACAAAAAGAAACUUAAAGAGUAUUUGCUGUCAGAGGAUGAUUAUGAUAGUGAAAGUAAAAUAGGAGUCAUUUCUAUUGUGGGUAUGGGAGGAUUAGGAAAAACAACACUAGCUAAACACCUUUACAAUGAUCUUCGUGUGAAGGAUGAAUUUAAGCUAAGAGGAUGGGCUCAUAUUCCCAAAGAUCUUGAUAUUUUCACAGUCACUAAAACCAUUCUUGAAUCUGUCACUGCACGAACAAUUACAGAUACUAACUUGGAUAAACUCCAAGUACAGUUGCAACAAACUUUAAGUAACACAAAGUUUUUACUAGUUUUAGAUGAUAUAUGGUACGGAAAAUAUGUUGGUUGGAAUAGUCUAAAUGAUAUCUUUAAUGUUGGGCAUAAAGGGAGUAAGAUCAUCAUCACAACCCGAGAUGAAAGAGUUGUACUACCCAUGCAAAAAUUUCUCUAUGUCCACCAUUUAAGAUCUUUGGAUACUGAAUAUUCUUGGGCUUUAUUAGCCAAACAUGCAUUUGUAGAAAGAAACUAUCAGCAACAUCCCAAUCUAGAAAUAAUUGGUAGAGAUAUUGCCAAAAAAUGUGGCGGCUUACCGUUAGCUGCAGUAGCAUUAGGGGGUAUUCUUCGCACCAAAUUGUCACAAGAUCAUUGGAGUGAUGUAUUAAAAAAUAGUGUUUGGGAACGGGCAAAUGAUGAGGUGCAACCAGCUCUACUACUGAGUUAUCGUUAUCUUCCAGCUUAUUUAAAAGGAUGUUUUGCUCAUUGUUCAAUUUUUCCAAAGAACUCAAUCUUAGUGAAAAAGAUGGUGGUUCAGUUGUGGAUUGCAGAAGGCUUAGUACCUCAACCCAAAAGUGACAAAAGUUGGGAAAAAGUAGCUGAAGAAUACUUUGAUGAGCUAGUGUCGAGGUCUCUAAUACGUCAAAGGUCUAUUGAUAAUGUGCCAAGUGAGUUCGUUGGUGAUGAGAAAUCAUGCUUUGAAAUGCACGACCUCAUCAAUGAUUUAGUUAUGGCAGUAUCAUCUCCAUAUUGCACUAGGUUGGACAAACAUAGGCUAGAUGAAAGGGUAGAUAAAAGAGUGAGACAGUUGUCAUUCGACAGGAAAGAAUAUAACUCAUACGAUAAAUUUGAACUAUUCCAUGGAUUAAAAGGUCUACGAACUUUUCUACCCAUGCCAUUGCAAUAUAUAUGGCCUUGGGAUAAUUCCGUAUCGUCGAAGUUAUUUUCUGAUUUGCUGUCGAGAAUGACAAAAUUACACGUGUUGUCUCUUUCAAACUACGAAAAUCUCUUUCAUUAUUAAUUAGUACACUCAUCUUCUAUAUCUUAAAUUCUAUCUCUUUCACUGAAUCCUUGAGAUACAUCUUCUAUCUUAAAUUCUAUCUCUUUCACCAAUUGCUUGAGUUACUAGAAAACUAAUUAUAUUAAUUUAAUAUAACAAAUAGAUCCUCUAAAAGGAAAGACCAUGUAAAAAGCAAUCGACUAUUUUGACUCAAAUUUAACACCGCAGAACGACUCAUAAAUUUAAGUGGAAUUUCUCGUUUUCUUUCUCUUUCUAUAUACAAGAAUUGAAAAUGAGACAUUACUUCAAAGAAUCUAAUCUUGUUCCAUUCCAAUAAUGGCAAUGUCGGUACAAAUAAGUCAUCCAAUCUAGAAAAUAUCAGAAGAACUAUCUAUAUAAUAGAAAGAAAAAACAAUCCAAAUUAGUUGUUCUAUCUAGAAAAUAUCAGAAGAACUACCUAUAAAAAAAUCCAUGCAGAGCUGUAAAGUACAACAACCUUACAGUACGAACUGAGUCCAACAUUAAAUUUGAAACAGUCAACUUAGAAAGACCAUUACGCGUAUGUCACACAGAAUUAGAUUCAUCCAAUUUUGAGGUGCAAAUAGCAACAUUUUCUUUAAGAACACCACACGGUUGUAACAUAAAAAUAGGUAGUAGUUGGUACACCAAUUAAGUGCAGACAGCCAUUACUAGUUGGUUCCCAAGUCUCACUAUUUUCAUUCACCUAAACCUAAUUUUCUAGCCACUUCCUACCUUUAAAACUUUCUCCUUAAUCAAUUAACACAUUAAUCAACUACUAUAUAGUGACUAAAUUUUUUCUUCACUACUUAUAAUAUUGCAUAUAAUCUUCCAUAUAAUAGAAAAGUUUUAAGUUUAACUGUCACGGUCGCAGCAAUCGUAUUGCGGCUGCAUAAUUUUUCUUUGUAAAUUCGAUUGAAGAUCGUCGCAGGGUAAUCAAUCAUGUUUAUAAAAAGGUUUUCCUUAUUUUGUAUUUUUAUAUUUUGAUGUUGAAAAUCUGUUUCCAAUAACAACGUAUCAUAUUAAUGCUUCGUCGUAGUCAUAACGACUGUUUGUCUCUGAUUUUUUUUCUCAGAAUAAAAACAGUGAAUAAUAGUAUUGUUAUUUUUUAAUACUGAUUUGUCGCGGCCGACUUUUUUUUAAAGUUGGAUAUUUCGGGUGAUGAUAUUGUGAAGGGGGUGAUGAGAACGCAAGUUCCGUUUCUACCCACUAAUCUCGUUUCCUUAGGGAUCUCUCGUCUCGAAGAUAUAGAAUGCUUGGAUGGGAAGUGGCUUCAACAUCUCACCUCUCUCCAUAAACUUACUAUUCGUAACGCACCCAAGCUCAAGUCAUUGCCAGAAAAGGGGGAAUUGCCUUCCUCUCUUAAAGAACUGCAUAUCAGUUAUUGCAAUCGGUUAUUGGAAGCAAAUUUGCGGAAGAAAGGGAAAGAGUGGAGUAAGAUUUCUCACAUUCCCAAAAUAUAUGUAAAUCACAAAAUCAUCGGAUGAGUUAUUACAUCAAGGUUUUGGUUUCAUUUGGGGUUCGAAGUGAAAUGAAAUACUUGCUAGUUCUCACAUCAAAACCCAUUUUAUUCUUGCUGCUGACAUGGGUCACUAAAAAGGAUUGAUACAAGUCACAUUCUCAAAGAGGAUAUCAUAAAUGGGUUGCUCAACAUUGUUCUGCUUGGCUUGGGAUUUCUAGUAUUUUUCAGGAAGAGGUGAAAAGAGUAAUAUUUGGGGCUGAAAUUCAGAAGUCCAACUGCAGACAAGUCAGAUUUCUAAGAUGGCUAGAAAACAAGAACAACUGUUGGGCACAGUCAGGGAGAAAUCUGAAGGAAUUGCAAACUGGACCUCACAAACUAAGAGGAUUGCCGAUGAAGCAUUUAACGAAAUGAUGCACUCUCCAAGACUUCAUGGUAGUGAGUUCACAAACUAAGUCACAUUCUCAAAGAAGGUUAACAAUAUUUCAAGAUGAUGGAGAUUCUAAGAGAGCAAAUUGCAAAGCUAGAGACACUACAAUUGAUUAUUUUUAAGAGCUUUGCAAGAAAGUGUUUGUAUUCCCUCUGAGACAUGUAACCAAAUGAUGCACACUCCAAGGCAACAUGGCUGGCAUCCUCAACAUUGACGCGCAUUGUUUUGUGAUUGCUAGUACAUUUCCGCAAGAGGUUAUAAUCCUGCCUCAGCUGCAGUUUAUGGAUCAGUUCAAAUUUUCUACACAUAGAAUUCUUGGAUGGAAGUGGCUUCAAUGUGGUUGCCAGGAGAGGGGAAGUUGCAUUCCUCUCUUAAAGAACUGAAAAUCAAUUUGUGUCCAUUAUUUGAAUCAGGUAGAUUUCUAAGUUGUUGAAGAUUCAAAGAGAGCCAUUUGCAAUGCUAGAGACAAAACAAGUGUCGACUUCAUAUAUAAAAGAUGUUUAAGUGCUGUCUGGCUUCUCAGGUUUGUGUCUACUCAACUGGAGGUAGAUUCACCCAAUGGUUUACUCUACUUCAAAGAGAACAAAUUGCAAAACGAGAGACAAAACAAUUGAAGGAAAGGUUUUAUAAUCUUGGAAUAAUAUUGAUGUCACAAACAAAUAGGAUUGCAAGAAAGUGUUUGUAGUAUCCCCUAUGAGGCAUUUAACCAAAUGUUUAACUCUGCAAGGCAACAACAUGGUUGUGACUACGAAUUUGAAUCCCAACUUUCAAAGCAUGGAAGUCUUUAAGAAGCAGUACUUUUAUGACUAGCAUGCCAUAGAUGGCGUCCUCAACAUUGAGCUGCAUGGCUUGAGAUUUCUAAAAGAAGUGAAAAAUCAUGCUCCAGCUGCAGUUUAUAUGGAUCAGUUUUACACAUCUCUAAUCAUAAAGAUAUAGAAUGCUGGGAUGGAAAGUGGUUUAAACAUGGUUAUCGCAAGAGGGGAAGUUUCCCUCGCGCUUAAAGAACUGAAAAUCAAUUUGUGUGGAAGAAACAAGGAAAAGAAUGGUGUAAGAUUGCUCACAUUCCCAACAUGCUUAUGGAUUAUGAAUUGAUCAUAUUCAAAGAGUAUCAUGUCUCGGUGAAAUUCUGAAAAGGCGGUUGUUAAAAAUAUGUUGGAUUUUCGCAUGUCUUGUGUUGGGAAGGAGUUUGAUAAUGAUGCUUCUACCGAAAUUAUUUUGAUGAGAUUUUGGCACAUGAAUCUAAAGGCACUAUGAGAGUCUGGUUUGUGUUUACUCAAUUGGCGGUAGAUUCUUCCAAUGGUGUUUACCCUAUAAAUCUGUGAUAUCAGAAAAUUUCCAUGGCUCUGUAGAGAGAUCAUCCACAUCAAUCAAGGAACAGAAGAGAGCUAUCUUGGAACGACUCAAGAGUUUAUUUGAGCACAGCAACAACUUUAUCUAGUUUUGUUGGAGACAGUACAACACCAUCUUUUUAUUGAUAUUUCAUUACUGAUAAGUGAAUAGGUUACUCAAGUUCAGCUUCUUUGUUAAAUUGUAACUGUAAAACAUAAAGUUGAUUAAUACAAUGGAACUGUAGCUGCUCUACAGUCGGAGACGUAGGCACAAUUGGCCGAACUUCGUUAUCAAA